UGGUUGCAGCCGGAGCGACGCGUAGCCGUAGCCGCUAGCACCGGGCGCUCUGGGUUGGCCACACCUGACGUUGGCAAGGGCCGCUCAGUUAGCGUGAUGACUGACGAUGACACCGAGACGACCACCAGCGAAUUUCAGGCGGAGGAGAACGAUCUGCCUAUUAUCCAGCUGUUCAGCCUGGUCGAAGAGCUCAGCUAUGGAAACUCUGCUCUCAAAACUGAGACAGAGAUGUUUCAGAAAUAUUUAAAUAAACUGGAAUCCAAGGAACAGCGAAUGCUGCGGUUGUCUGAAAUUAAAAUGUCAGGAACAGAUUUUGCACAGAUGCGAAGCAGGCGUAAGUCCAAAUCCCGCUCAGGCAUGGACCGUGCGACGAGCCUCAGCGUUGACCAAAAAUGCGAUCUUGUACGGAAGGAGCUGGAAGACACGAAGGAGGAAAUAAGGCACCUGAGGGCCAACGCCGAACGCGACCUGCAGCAUCACGAGGCUAUCAUUGAGGAAGCUGAAAUUCGGAUGGCUGAAGUUCAGAAAGCAAUGCAAGAGUUUGAAAAGGAUAUUUUGAAAACCAUAUCCAAGAAGAAAGGGAGUAUUUUGGCCACUCAGAAAGUGCUGAAGUACAUUGAGGACGCGAACCGCCGGAGGGAUAAUAUAAAGGAUAAAUUACGUUUGAAAAAUGUUUCUCUCAAAGUCAUGAGGAAAAAGAUGCUGUUACAACUGAGGCAGAAGGAAGAGGUGGGCGAGGCCCUCCAUGACGUCGAUUUUCAGCAGCUGAAGAUAGAGAACGCUCAGUUCUUAGAGACGAUCGAGGCAAGGAAUCAGGAACUGAUCCGGCUGAAGCUGGCGUCUGGGACCACCCUGCAGAUCCUCAACUCAUACAAAACCAGGCUACACCGAGCAAUAGAAAUGUCCAUCAACCUGGAAAAGGAGAUCCUGCUGAGACAUGAGUUGCUUGAAAAAAUUGAAAGAGAAGCCCUGCAAGUAGAGGAGGACCGGGCCAAAGCCGAGGCUGUGAACAAGAAGCUGCGGAAGCAGAUGGCCGAGUUCCGAGCGCCGCCCGUGAUGAUGUACGUCAGGGAGAAGAUCUUCAACGGGGAGCUGGAGAAGACCAUCCGCAUCUGGGAGAGGAAAGUGGAGAUCGCCGAGAUGUCCUUAAAAGGCUACCGCAAGGACUGGAAUAAGAUGAAGGCCACCAAUGAGAAGUUGCAGCUAAUCAGCCCCCCUGGGAAGUAGUCAGAGGGAGG